CCCAUCUCUCGCUCCCUCUCCCGACCAAGCUCUUUUGUCUCGCGCAAACUAGGGUUGAGCGCCGCCGCCGUCCUCCUGGUCGACGGCGAGCUCCCGCCUCUCCGCCGGUCGCACCCAUCCCCGCCUCCCUAUCUCUCCACGGGAGCUCGACCCCGUCGUCCUCUCCCUCCGCGGGAGCUCAGCUACAACGACCGGCCGUCGCAGGACACUGGUCCUAUCCCAUGCCGCCGCCUGGACGCCGCGCUGGAGGCUCUCUCGGCCGCCGGGAGCCGGGACGCGUUCCUCCACAACGCCGUGAUCCCGGGCUUCGCUGACUCGGGCCUCCCGGACAGCGCUCUGGCCGCCUACCGCUCCAUGCUGGCCGCCGUCGGGCGCCUGACCGCUUCACCUUCCCCGUCCUCCUCAAGUGCCGCGCGCGCCCAAGCUCCUCGAGGAUGGCAUGAGGUGCACGAGGUGCGGCAUGACAGAGUCGGGAUUAUCCACUACUCUUGCCGUUUGCUUCCUGAAAUAGGCGUUGAUGCAAGGGCAUGGGCUGGAGGAAGACGCCAAGGUUGGCACCUCUCUUCUUGACAAGUGUGGUGCCAUUGCUUCUGACGAAGGUGUCCGCGAUGAUUGAGGAGGUAGAGGGGAUGCUCGGCAUGCCAAUGGAGCAUCUCUGACGCGCUCCUUGAGCUGGAUCAUGGCCUGCACAGAGACAUCCACUUCAAGCUCAAGAUGCUCGUCAGCUACGUCGACAACCUCCCUCUAGGGUGAAGAAGUCCGGCAAGAAUGAGAAGGCCGACAUGUCAGAGUUCACGGCGCAGUUGGACUCCAUUGGGUUUAAGAUAGUUGAGGUCACUGUGGAUGGCAACUGCUUCCUCAGGGCAAUGGAUGUCCAGCUGGAGGGCGACAAGGAAUGACAAAUGAAGUACUGGGAGAUGGUCGUGCAGUACAUCAUGGUUGCCCAUGGGCUAUGGCGCUUUCUAAUAAUCCUUGCCGUGUGCAAGUUGCAGAAACACUGCAAGGAGUUUGAGCCAUUCAUCGAGAAUGAGAUGUUAUUGAAUACUGUGACUGAUGAAGAACGGAGUUGCAUCAGGCUUCUGUCACGAGAAGAAACGUUUGCAUUCACAUGAUCAGAGGCUCUGAUGCAAGCACUGUCACCAGACGAGCCCGAGACAUUGACUGAUCUUCUGAAUGUUGCUGUCAGAUUAGAGAAAAUGAUUUUCGUAGUAGCUAUUAACGAGGUUGAUUAUAAUUUUAAGCUGUAUACGAGAUUGGAUCAUUUAAAGAAUGAUCAUUUUGAGGACAUAUCAUCAGAUAAUCAUUUUGAGGACAUCUCGUUGGAUGAUCAUUUUGAGGACAUCUCGUUGGAUGAUCAUUUUGAGGAAAUUUCAUCAGAUUAUCAAAUGCUUGAACCCUCAACUGCGACGCUUCUGCGAGGAAUUUUUAGUGAUCCACAGAGUCAAAGCAUUCAGGUACAGAGCAACCUCCAGAGGGUGCUAUCAGGUGGUAAUACAAAAGCAACAGCGCCUAUAGGAAAUGAAGAGAAGCCUUGCUGUGAUGACAAUGAUAGGAUUAGCGUCCUUCAUGAGAGCAUACUCCAUUGUAUCAUGUCCUUCAUGCCAGCACAGGACGUCGUACGCACAAGCAUGCUAUUCCGAAGAUCGCCCCCAUUAUGGACUUCAGCGCCAUGCCUUGAUAUCGAUAUUGAUCACUUUGAUAUGGACAGGGUAAAGUUCAACAAGUUUGCAAAAAGUUUGUUUCAACGGCGGGGUAAUGCUAAUACAUUGGACAAACUCCGCCUUCACUCUUUUGCCAUUGAUGCAGCCAAGUAUUGGAUCGGUGAUGCUAUCAGACUUCAUAAAGUUAAAUUGAUUGAUUUCACUGAAAAUACAAGAUGGGAAGCUUUUUACUUAGAUCCUGAAGCUAUCAGCUUUAGCUCUAAAUAUCUGCAAACUGUGAAGCUCACUAAUGUUAUAAUAGUCACAUCUGUCUUUGAUCAGCUCAGCCGUGAAUGCCAAUCUUUGGAAAAUCUGCAGUUGGCAGACAGCACUCUUUGUUCUCCUGAGAUUUCAUCAAGUUCAUUGAAGACUCUGGAAAUAAUAAACUGCUUAGUUUUGAAUCAUCUUCUAAUUCGUACUGGCAAGCUGGUCUCGCUAUGCUUCAAGGACACUCGAUGCAGCAGGUGCACUCGAAAAUACAUACUUCGAACUACAUCAGCAGUAAUCCUAUGCGAUCUUUCAAACGCUAAGAGCAUAGAACUGCCAACACCAGUGAGACAUGUUGCAUUUGAUAGAAUGACUCCAGGGUGCCCAAUGUUCAUCAGUCUGACAAGUCUCAUUCUUGGUGAAUGGUGUCUUUCCAACAAAUUUGCUCCUCUAGCUUGCUUCCUCGAGCACUCUCCUAGGCUUGAGAAUCUUGAUCUGAAGCUCAAGUUUGGCUGUGAAGAGCAAAAGCAGCCGCUUCAAAUGGCUGAGGGAAUAUCAUUCCAAGCCAAAAGCCUUAAGAAGGUAACGAUCCACUGCGCCGAAGAGGAGGACAGGCUUCCCGUGUUGAAGGCUAUACUGCUUGCCAAUGCAAGGUCUGUCAAGCACAUCGACGUCAAGACGUACUAGGAUGCUGCGCCUAGCGUUCUUCUGCAUAUGGAAUGCAUCUUUGCAUAGCGCUUUCGCUGCGUGACAUGUGUGAGACCCGAUGUAGCUAGAGGUUUGGUUGUUGAAUGUUGUGUUACAUGGACCUGUUAACAUUUACCGCUGUGCGACUUGUGGGAAACUUGCUUGCUACCAUUUAUCUAGGUUGAUCGAUGAACAUUACAACUCA